CGCGCUGUGCCUGCAGCUAACUUAACCGGAGCAUAAGACGUUGUUUGACUCGGCAAAGAAUAGUGGGAUUGAAAGCUUGUCCCCGGCAGGUUAUUGUUGAAUGCGUUUAGCUGUUAUGCGGGGGUUUUCGUUUGCGCUUCAAGAAAGAGGAAUCGUUUUUUUCUCCCUCUUUUCUUUUAUGUGGCUGCAGCGCUAAGCUAGUGUCGGUAGAUUAGCUGGACGUGGAUAGGGCGCUAGCAGCGACGUCAGGUCAGAAACCAGGAUCUCUGCGGGACCCUUUGGACUAAACGGCGAGUUUACGGUCCGAGGCGCUCCAAACGCACGGUGCGCGAAGCCUUUUCCCCCCCUCCAAAAAACAACAACAACAACAAAAACAAUGAAGGGGGCUGCAACUAACGGAGACAGCUAGCAGGAGCGGUGUGGCGCGCUCGCAGCCCACUGCCACGGCGCCUCGUUGCGGUCCACGUCGAGUCCCAUCUGCUGUUUUAACAGGCCACGUCCCCGCGGGCGUAGUUCACCGAGAAGAUGCCGAGCGAGCGGAAGGGGACGGCGAGUAAAUACGCGUAGAAAUGUAAAAAAAAAAAACGAAGAAGAAAAAAAAAACAGCCUUCCUCGUUUGUGACUGUGUGUGUGUGUGUAGCGCUCGUUUCCCACGGCAUGUCGCGUACACAGAUGCGUUUUGCGUCGGGAUAACACACAGACUCCCGAGCUGCGGCAACGACCUGUAGUGACGUUUUUUAGGCUUUUUUUUUCUUCUUCUUUUCUUUGUAUUUAAUUUAAUUUAGCGCGGGGACGUGUCAGAAAUGAUCGGCUUUGGCGCAAACCGGCGCGGAGGCCGCAUGCCGUCCUUCAUCCUCGUCUUUCUGACGGUGAUCAUCGGCGUGCUGGCUUUCAACUACUGGACGGUGUCCAACAAGCACGGCCGCCUGCUGGACGAGCUGCUGGAGGUCCAGUCGCAGGUGAAGCGCUCGGACGCGGCGCGGAGCCGCCUGGAGAAGCGCAACUCGGAGCUGAUCGUGCAGGUGGACGCGCACAAGAAGCAGAUCGACCAGAAGGACGGAGACUUCAGCGCGCUGGAGGACAAGCUCCAGGCCAGAGAGGGGGCCGUCAGAAAGUGCUCCGAUGAGAAGAUGAAGUUACAAAGUGACGUCACAGCCCAAAUGAACGAGGUACAGAGACUCCGAGAGCAGCUGACGGAGCUGAAGCAAGAGUUCAUGAAGCAAGAAGAGCAGCUGAGAGAAGUUAAGAAAAAUAGCACUAACUUGGAGAGAAAAUUGGAGUACGAGAGUUUACAGUGCGGCCGUCAGACCGCUCAGCUUAAAGGAGAGUAUGAAGAAGCAAGAAAGGCCCUGGAGAAAGAAGUGUCGAGGCUCAGGCUGUCUGUGAUAGGCGGCCAGAACAACGUGGCAGCAGGAAGGCUCGCAGGUGAAGGAGCUGGUGUGGAUGUGGCCGGAGAGCGCCACACAGUGGCCACUCACCGGCACGACAGACAGGCGGACAUAAAAGAAGAAAUGGGCAAACUUGGCAGCGAUGCUGGCAUGCCUGGAAUUGAAGACAGCGAGGUGGGGAAAAUGGAUGAAGUACAAUUUGCUUUGAAGAAGCCCGCCAUCACUCAGAAGCACAACGAGCCGCCCGAUGUCGGCGCAGCAGCUGGAGCUGAGCCUGGACUGGAGGCAGCCGACGGUCCCGGAGGCCAAGGCCUGUUGCUGGACCAGCCCAGACUCCAGCAGGACCAGCUGGAGGGCCGAGCGGCGGGGCUCGCACCCGCAGUCGUCAUCAAACAGGCAGACAAGCCGAUAGUUUUUGAAGAGGACAACAAAGCCGGGAUCAAGGCAGACGAGCUGGGGGAACAGCAGAGACGAGUUCAAGUUGAUGACAAGCAGUUGAAGAGGAUUCCUCUGCCUCAAGAUGACGCCCAGGUGCCCAAGCCCGUCCAGCUGCAACGCGCCAAACACCAAGUCCCCGCAGAGCAGCUGCACCACCGGCAAAGCCGGUUCUUUGAUGAGAACGAGUCCCCAGUAGAUCCGCAGCACGGCUCUAAGCUGGCGGACUACAAUGGGGACGACGGGAACGUGGGUGAGUACGAGGCCGACAAGCAGGCCGAGCUGGCCUACAAUGAGGAAGAGGAUGGUGAUGGUGGGGAGGAAGACGUCCAAGAUGACGACGAUCGGGACAUUCAGGACAGAGACCGAGCUGUGGAUUAUGGGAAAAGACAUCAAAACAAUGACAUUCUUUGAAUGGAAACUCACUCGGCUAUAACUUAUUAAAAACCUCCUUUAAAGACCUUUUUUUCUUUACAACUGAGGUCUCCUCUGAUAAAUUAGUUGGAGCAUCACUUUUGUCUAAGCACUUACAGGGGGGAGGUGGGGGGGGCUUCCUCAGUGUCAUGGACUAUUUUUGACAGACAUUUAAACUAAUUCUGAAUAAUACUGUUAGUGGAAAUGAAACACAGCAUCCUCCUGAGCUGCUAUAGAAUUGCUCUUGUUUUUUCUAAGUUAUGACAGUAGGGAUCAUUUACUGUUCGACGCUGCAUUUUGGUUCCGGAUAAAUCUUCUUCUGCUCAUCACGGAUUGGUCUCAGAGAUUCACUUCUGAACUUUUGGAUCAAGUCACCUUUUCUUUUAGGUACUUUUUUUUUCUUUUGCUUGCUAUAUACGAAAUUGCUUCCAGAGAUAUUUAUCAAACAAAUGAAUCUGGACUCUAUGAGAUGGGACGCCUACAAUGAAGACUUGCUAUUUUUCCCCUCUUUCUUUUUUCUUUUUUUUUACCGGAGUGGGAGAUUCAGUUGCCAAGGAUUUUGUUUACAGCCUAUUAAACCUCUUUCUUUUUGUGACAGAGACCCAGAAGUGCUCCUGGUUUCGUUUCUUAAUGCCACUGCAUGCAUUAGAAAGUUUUCCGUCAUCAGAACCAAGCAACACACCUACUGCUGAAGCAAUACCUAGGAUGGUGUUAGGAACAGACGGGUGUUACACAUGCUUCCACCAAUGAGGUCUCUUGAACUUGGAUGUAGUUGAACUGUUAACUAUUUGUACAGAGGAAACGUAAUUCCUCCCCUUUGUGGAAAUCUGUUAAACCAGAAGUCAGUUAGUUGUUUUUUUUUUUUUUUUUUUUUUGCAACCUGGGGGCAAAAAAAAUACAAAAAAACGAUUUCUCACUGAAAGGCGCAUCGAAUGUAAUUUAAUUUUAUUAAAGGUGAUGCUUCAUGU